AACAUAAGCUACGCGGACGAUAUGGUGCUGCUGAGCCCGACGGUGGGGGGUCUCAGAGAGAUGCUAGAGGUGUGUGAGAACUAUGCGGAUGUACAUGGUCUUCUGUACAAUGUAAAGAAGAGUGAAUACAUGAUCUUCAGGGCCGGUGGUAGAUGCCUCGAUAAUUCACCUAGUGUUACCCUAAAUGGCUUGAGCGUAAAUCGUGUUACUAAAUUUAAAUAUCUGGGACAUUUCCUUUCCGACGGCCUUGAGGUUGAUGUAGAUAUUGAGAGGGAGCGCAGGGCUCUAGCGGUCAGAGGUAAUAUGCUGGCUCGCAGAUUCUCUCGCUGCUCUGACGAGGUUAAGACUAUACUUUUUAAGGCAUAUUGUCAGAGCUUCUACUCGGGAAGUCUGUGGGUCCGUCACACCAAAAGAUCGCUGGAUGUCCUGCGCAUCCAAUAUAACAAUGUCUUCAGGAUGAUGUUGGGGCUGCCCCGAUUCUGUAGUGCAUCGGGGAUGUUCGCACUAUAUCGCACUGAUGGAUUUCACGCCGUUAUUCGCAAAAAGACAGCAUCCCUGAUCUGCAGAUUGCGUGGCAGCCGGAACAAAAUCCUGGAGACUGUGGCGGAUAGAUUCUCAUCCCCACUCUGGAGGUCAUUUGUGAGAAGAGUUAUUUAAUAAUUGAAUUUAAUAAU